CCUGCCACAACACCACCUCAAAUGCGCCCAACGCCAUUGGUAUAGUCCGGAUGCGAGGGUGACCCGGACCUCGUCCCCCGCUCCGGCCCCUGAAGCUACUAUGUCUUUGUUUCAGCCGUCGUUGCAGUCGUCCUUGGUGUCCCUGCCGAAUGAGCUUGUGGAUGCCAUUAUCUCCUGUCUCUCCCUCCCCCCGCCUUCGCUGGCCAAGCUGCACCAGCCUCCUAGUUCGCGUAUAACCACAUCCACUUCCAGGGAUCUAAAGAAUCUGUCGCGCACCUCCUCACGCAUCAGGGAGCUGGUCCUCCCCCGGCUCUUCGCGCACGCCUGCUUCAAGAUCCAGGAGGUGCCGGGGUUCCUAGCUUUCGUCGCACAGCGCAAACUGAGUCGCCAUGUCGUCUCCAUCGUGGCAAAAGGGGUCGAUCCGCUGGAUGAACAAGAGAAUCGAUACUGGUGGCGCCCCGUUCUCGACUGUCUCAAUCCGCUGCGGCUCACUGUCCUCGCUUCCCCUCCGCUCAUAGCUGCCAUGCUGGACACGCGUAUCGUGGACGAACAUAGUUGGGCCUUCGAGGUGCCCUUUCAGAUCCUACAACUGGAACAGACCGCGCAGCUGCAGGCCCCGAGUGUCAGUCCAGCAGCAGCAACAGGGCUGGCUGGGGGCCUGCUGCGGACUCGAGCGUGGUCGUCCCUGGCCUUCAACGAGUCGUCUGCCCUCAGAGCGUAUAAUCAUUACGAGUACUUUCUGUUCCAGUUUCCCUCCAUCUUCCACCGGUGGGGAUGUUUCGCCUAUCUGCAACCUCUCCCCGAGGAAAUCUCUCCCUCUCUCUCGCUGACAUCUCUGACCUCGUUCCGAUACACGGCUGUCUUCCCGUUCUACAACCACGUGAAGCUGGUGCUGGAUACCGUGGGGUUCAUGACGAACCUGCGAUCCUUCAGCGUGCAGUUGGCCCCGGGCCAGGACGACAAGACCACCGAGUUGGAGCAACGAGGAUCCCUGGACCCGAGCGACCCGUGGAUGGAGAUCGCUACGGGAUACUCGCUGAUUGCGCACGCUGUGAGAGACCUCGGGAACAAAGCGCAGCUGGUGAAGUUCAGCACUCGUGACUUUGACUUCGAUGCGCUCCGUCCGGAGCUGUCUGCUAUCCUGCGAGACGUCCUUGAAAACUGUAAGUGGGUGCAUAGCGGCCAUGGGACUUGGAUCAGAGAGCCGGUCGAGAAGAACAACUCGGGGCCGACGGCGGAACAACCUUCUCUCACGCCCGCUUAGCAUUUCUAUGAAGUAAGCCUAUGUAACUAAGGUUCUCCCUCUGGUCCUCUGGGAUGCUUCCUUGCCGGGAGUGUAUAUGUAAAUGACUUGUGAGGAUCCAAUGCAGCGACCAUGAAUCCACUUCAGUAUAUCAUUGGGUGGUGGAAACCAACAUGCGCCCUGCUGCUGUAAGAAUCAUGCAACCUGAGGAUUC